AUGGGCCGAAAGCCGUCGCUGCAGAUGAUGCUUCGCCGGCUCCAGCAAUGCCGCUUCGCCCUCUACUCCUGGCCCACUGGGCACGGCCCCCGCUGGCACCAUCGCCGCCAUCCUCAGUCUUCUUAUCAAUCAAAAUCGAAAAAAAAAACACCAGACGACGUUACGCACACGCUCGUCUGCUCUCUCUCUCUCUCUCUCUCUCUCAAAUCUCUCUCUCUCUCUCUCUCUCUCUCUGUCUCUCCCUCAAACUCUCUCUCUCUCUCUCUCUCUCUCUCUCUCUCUCUCUCUCUCAAUCUCUCUCUCUCUCUCUCUCCCCCUCAAACUCUCUCAAACUCUCAAAUUCUCUCUCAAACUCUCUCUCAAAUUCUCUCUCAAACUCUCUCUCAAACCUCCCUCUCAAACUCUCUCAAACUCUCUCUCAAACCUCCCUCUCAAACUCUCUCAAACUCUCAAACUCUCUCAAACUCUCUCUCAAACUCUCUCUCUCUCUCUGUGAAAUUGGCUGACAAAUCAUUUCAGAGCGACGGCAGUGACAACUCGAGCAAGAUCAGGGCCAUGGGCUGGACACUGACCCAUGUUACUUGCAUGACGACAGCCCUGUUCCUGCUUGCGCUCACCCAUGCCAGCCCCGGAGUCGUUGACACAAAGUUUGACCUCAAUGACUUUGCUGCCCCAAUCACGCUGAGUCUCUUUCCUCGCCUGGCCUCGGAAGCGCCACAACCGCAGGCCAGCAGCGUACUCUUGAACACUUAUCAAGUCAGGCAGGGUCUCAAAACUUUCACUUGCCAGCACCAUGGUCCCGAUCGCCAACGGGUGCAACGCAGCAAUGAGCCCAGCUACUGGCGAGAGCAACUGGCGCAAAAACUGCCCUGCAUUCAACACGCGUUUGGUUGGUGGACCUACCGUGUUUGCUUGGGCCAGAAUGUGACCCAAUUCCAUGCCGAUACCCAUGGCCAGCCCCUGGACGACCCGAAUGACGACCUGCCAGCAGUGUUGGUACUGGGCUUGUGGACGAAUCGCACCAACACCAACGGCACGCUUUGGCAAAGUGCUUCCUUUGUGGAGAACUAUGCCCGCGGCACGCAUUGUCCUGCCACCAACUGUGCCAUGCUCUAUGCGUCCCAGGCGUCUAUUAUUGAUGACAAGACAGUCACGAUUCUGAAUGCAACCGAGGAUCAGACCUGCCGAUACACCAUAUUCGUGGGAAUGAGCGUGCUCUGUCGAGACGUUGAUCGACAGCCCCCUCAGCUCAUCAGCUGUGAGCGACCCGCCCCUACGCCUGCCCAGUUCUCCUUCCAUCAUGACGACCGCUUUGGGUCUUUUCUGCUCGUCGGGGCGUUUGAUGCCAAGGACCGCCGGUUGAUGCUAGCGCCCUCGCGCUGGGUGCAGCAACCCAGUCCGGACUUUGUUCCGGUCGCCAUGGACGUCACUAUCGGUGCGGAUGUGCGUUCAUUGGUGGGUGUGGUACCCGAGUGUCGCGAUCAAGUUCAGCUGUCUGCUACCCCUCGGCGCUCCGUGUCCGCUGCACAAAAGCGUCUUCAACCCGUGCUGCGCACUUGCCUUCGUCCCACCUAUAUGACUGUCGCCAAGUCAAUCCAGCGCUUCCAGUUGUACAGCUACCACGGCUUGUUUUGCAUCGGCUCAGCCUGUACCCAGCACUGCGACCUGGGUCCGGCUGCUUUGACGGCGAGUGAGGAACAGUUGCAAUAUUGGACCCAGCUGGGCCUCCGACGCAUGUUCAAGGACAUGGAGGUCAUUGCGCACACGGCCCGUCUGGGACGAGACCCAUACGAUGCUUUUUGUUUUUCAGUGGCAGGCCAUCGCAACGCCGAGCGGUACCUAUCCCUGCUGAAAAGGGAUCACAGAAAUGACCGAUGGGCAAACGAAUUGGACGAAUGGCGAGGACUAGUGGGGAGUUGGCCGGCAGCACCACGCACGGUGUGGGAGACCAUGCUGGGUCCGGAUGGGCAAAUCGUGCGCUUUUUGCCGCGUGAAGGUCAAACGCUGCACCGACAUAGCCUGCAAGAGGUUUUGAAGCGCUAUCCGCUGGAAAGGCAACUUGAUUUUAUGGGCUGGCAGAUUCUAGCUUUUGCCAGCGACUUUCACCAAGAGAAGCAUUCGGGCCGCACACACAAGGGUCGCCUCGCGUCCAAUCUUGCCCUGUUCAAGUGGGUAUCGGCUGGACAUGCCUCGAAUGUGACCCUUGCCCUGCCUGCCCACGCCACAACAAUGUGA